AUGUCUUCCUCUGUGGAGCACGUUGAUGCUUGUGUGCCCACAACAGCACUGAAAGCACUUCAAUUGGGAGACCAGCACCUCAUUCUUCAAGGCCAAGGCCCAUUCUUGCGUAUCAUCCAUGAAAAUUCCGGGGACGUUGUAGCAAGACUUCGAGUCUUCAAACGAAACAAUGUUCACGGCUUUCUGGCCUUGCCAUCGCAGAACGGAAGUGAACAAAGCCAUGUUCAGCUUUUAGUCUGGGGAGGGCAGUCUUUAAGAGUGGUGAAUUUGAUACCUGGCGUGGACAAUGCUAUCGAAUCAGCUCCUGGAUCUGCAGAAUUCCUUGCCCCGGACUGGAUUAUGAGCGGAUGUGCCGCAGCGAAAGAUCAUGCAUUAACAGCAUAUCUGGUGACGGCCAACAAUGUCCUCCUUGCCCUGACUUUGAAGCAAUCCACAUCUUCCGAUUACAAAAAUGCAAUCCAUAUAUACCAGCUGGCAACAAAUGUUAAAUCCAUUCUCUGCGCCGCUGACUUGGUUGCAUUGUCUCCCACCCAUAUCCUGAUCACCGCAGGUACCAUUUUUGGAGAAAUCAUCGUGUGGUCAUGCUUUACAGAUGAAAAAAGCUCCGUGGCUAAUUCGAUCGGCUCUAUCCACCACUUUUUUACCGGUCAUGACGGAACUGUGUUCGGUGUGCAAAUAUCUCCUUAUUUAAAGACAUUGCAUGGUAGCCGACCCGGUCGACUAUUGGCCAGCUGCAGUGAUGAUAGAACGGUGCGAAUCUGGGAUAUAUCUGACUGUGAAGGGAAAACUGCCUCAGACCCUUCAGCCUACUCUACUGAUGGGUUCGACCUUCGAAGUACAGGAUUCGGGCCCACAGAAGGUGAAGAUACUGGAGUUCGGUCUGAAAUGUGCGUUGCGAAGGCCUUUGGGCAUGGUGCACGUAUAUGGAGUGCCCUAUUUCGACCUAGUGCAAACACUGGCAUUUCGAACAUUGGAUUGGUUACCCGUGGCGAGGAUGCUGUCUGCAUUGCUUGGGAUUUGAGCUGGGUGUCAUCUGACACCAAACCAACAACGUACAAGUUAACUCAGCAGUUCUCGUCCCAUGCACAUCUUGGAAAGCAUCUUUGGUCUAUGGAUAUUCGCAGUUGCAGCGAUAAGACUAUAGUUUACACCGGGGGUGCUGAUGGAGCAUUGCGAAGCUUUCAAAUCGAUGAAACCAAAAGUUCGGUCUCAACUCCUGUCACCGAUCACUGGCAAGCCCGCCCAGGUAAAAAUACGAUUAUGCACCUCGCCUUCGUUGAGCCGAACACCGUUAUCGCAUGUGACAUCAAAAGCUUAAUUCAAAUUGGCUACGUAAGGCAGGACCCUGCUGUCAAUGUUACAUGGGAAACUUUACAUAUCAUGGGAGAUUUUGGCGCAGUCAACCGACUAAUUGGAAUACCGGAAAAGGGACUGGCAUUGAUAAGCAACGCCAAUGGCCAUAUCAUUUUGUACAACCACCGUCUAAAAUCGGUAUCCGAUUUAGUGGGAUUGUCCGGGAGACCAAUGAGCCUCUUCGUUUUACAGUCAACCCGGUCUGUUGGAGCCUCAAAUCAAGAAUUUUGCUUCCUUGCCUCUUACGCUCAGUUUGAUAUUGCAACCUUGGUGAUGGUCACCGAAUGUGAUAAUGACUGCCGAAAGGUCGAAGUGGUUUCAAUAAAUUUGCCGCAGUCGCCCUUCCAGAUCUCGUCCGCCUCACUAAUUCACAACGACGACUAUCUGCUGCUAGGGUCCAGGCUAGGUGGUCUGUCAGUGCACCGGGUGUCAAGCAAGGAUUCAUCUACUGAACCCCUUAUAGUAGACCGUCGUGUACAUGGCCACGAGGGUACCAAUCACAUUCAACCGAUUUCUUCUGUGAAAGGUGCAACCGGCUCAACACUGGAGUACGUUUUAACAGGUGGACGCGAUGGAAGGAUUUGUGUGCACGAGCUCAACUGUGGCAGUAAUGCAAAUGAUCCAAUUGGCUUUUUCACUGUCCAUCGAAUAGAGUCCGCCCUCGCAGGAGCCGUCGAAGGUGCUUAUAUCGAUGAAGUUACUGGUGACCUACUGGUUUAUGGCUAUAGGUCCCAGAACUUCGUCCUUCAUAAUGAGACUAAACAGUCGGAUAUCAUUUCAGUAACCACCGGAGGAGCUCGCAGGACCUGGACAUUUCACCCGCACACCAAGGAUGGCCAAGGAGGACUUCUGUGUUGGAAGGAUCCAAAUGGAUUACAGGUACUGCAUAUUAAGCAAGAUGACAACCGCCUCAUUAGAGCUGGAAUUCAUGGAAGGGAGAUUAAGGCAUUGGAUAGCUUGAAAUCGAUUCAAGGGUCGCCGCCUCUUUUUGUCACAGGAGCAGAAGACACAAUGGUGCGGGUAUUUUCCCUAACAGCCUCAGCAACUUCAAAUCCAUGGGGCUGUUUUGAGACUUGUCGAGUUUUGAAGACACAUAGAUCUGGAAUACAACACGCCUCCUGGUCAAAGAAUGGCAAAUUUCUCUUUACAAGUGCCGCGGAAGAAGAAUUCUUUGUUUGGAGUGUAUGUUGGAUUCCGUCAUUUGGGCUUGCUACCAAAUUAGUGGCAAAGGGCCCCAAGACAGAUCGCAACUCUGAGCUUCGUAUAACAAGCUUUGAUGUGGUAGAGGUGGAAGAGACUGGUAAUGAGUGUGCAUUCCUCAUCUGCCUAACAUUAUCUAACUCUAUGGUCCGAAUCUUGCAUUAUUCGCCAAAUAAUGGCAACAGUUUCUCUCUUAUAGCAAAAGGGAGAUACAUGACGAACUGUUUGACCGAAGGCCAUCUUUUAGUGCAUGCCUCCUGCGUCACACUCAUGACCGCUGCAACAGACGGAUACAUGACUCUUUGGGAUCUGACCACGACACUUCGCCCUUUCUAUACCAUCGAUUCCAAUUUGCUGAAGUCCAAGCCUUCACUUUCAUCUUCACAGCCUCCUGUUGAGGAUAUUAGCUGUGAGGAUCGCUACAGGAUUCAUUCCAACAGUGUCAAAGCUCUGGAGAAGGCGCCAAUAACUCCUACUCUGACUAUGAUAGUUUCUGGCGGUGAUGACAACUCAUUGUCAAUCUCACUCCUCAAACACUCCCUCGCAUCCGCAACUGGAACCGAUACAGCCGUGUCAACGACAUCAAUCCCAGAUGCUCAUGCAGCUUCGAUCACCGCAGUUAAAAUUUUAAAGGAACCCCGCCUCUUCCACGAUGAUAACGGCAUGGAAACUGUGCAAAUAAUGAUGGCUUCUUCAGGAAACGACCAUCGGGUAAAGAUUUGGAUGAUCAGCCUUGAUCCCUCUACGCACGACGCGAAAAGUAUUCAGAUUCGGUUCAUAAAAGACCAAUACUCUGCCGUUGCUGAUGUUUCAUCACUUGGUCUUGUUUCCGAGACAGAAAACUUCACUGGAGAAACAAAAGCUCAGCUACUAGUGUGUGGUGUUGGUAUGGAGAUGUUCGAAACGAAAAUCUGA